AGGGCUUAUCCAUGCGGGAAAUGGGGGCUUAUACAACAAUACAGCCAAAAUAGCUGAUAGUCGAAAUAGCUGAUAUAGAAAACCAACAAAAAAAAACGAUCAUAAAGAUAAAGCUAUAUUUGGUGAAUGAUUUCGGAACAAUUGUGUUUGGGUUUGCUGUGCUGUGUGAUUUCCUUCUAGACUUUGCAGCCUGUCGUAGGGGUGUUAGACAGAGAUUACGCAGUUUUAGUAUCUGAACCCGGAUCUUUCAAGCCCCAUCCGGGGGUGCCGUGGUUAUGAAUGAAGUCGGAUUACUGAUAGAUGAACAAUGCAGCUUAUACUAUCAGGAUAGUAGAGGUAUUUAUGAUUAGCUUGAGCAAUACACACAUACAGUGAUCAAUCCGGAUGCAUCAGUAGAGGAAGCGUUUUUCAUUUGGCUCAAGUUUAUUAUCAAUUUUACUACCUUUCAGGUGAAAUAAGACCGGCUAAUAUGAUCAUAAUCUAAUUUUACAAUGGCUUUAUAAGGUUCUCAAGAUGUGUGAGGAAGGUAGUUGGUAGAUGCAGUACCUAGAUACACCACUGAGAGUACCAUUACGGAACUCAAAUAGGUCUGAUUCAAGUGUUCUAUGCAGACUAUCCUCUGCGCUUCAACAAAGAAUUACCCGUAUGCAGAAAGACUGCAGUGCAUAGAGUAAUAGUAGUAAUCACACAACAACCGUCAUACGUAGGACAGACUCUUCUUCUCUCGGUACUCCAAUCAACCAUAUAUGAGUGGCAUAAGCAGGACUAGAUCAACAACUGUGGUUACGAGUAUGGGUAGAAACAUCUCCCUUUGUACACCAAAAUGUUCUGGAAAUCAGCAACAAAGUGGAAACCGAUAGGAUGUGGUAGAUAGCCAAACGAACCAUACGAAAUCUGGAUGCAAGAACCGGUUCGAUCUGGUCGAAAAAACGAAUGGAAUGUGGUAAGGCGCUUAUCAAUUAGACAGAUUGGUACCCGUUACAGUUGAGAUUGAGUAACGAUGGCUUAUCAUUAUCGGCCCCACAAUGAUCGCUACAGAUGUUCCAUACCAUUGGCUCGGGAUCUCAAUGGCAAGACUAUGGAGUACAGAUAACAGCCGAGCAUUGGCCUAAUGUUACCAGGCUAAUGGAAACUGAUCCACAUUCCAGACUUUGGGUCGCGCGCAAAAUAAAGAAAACUGUCUCAGUGGAUGCUAGCAACAUGUUUGUACUCAAACGCAGAGACAGUUCUGCUGAUGCGUCACGCGCAUUGAUUUUAUGCUGCGUAAUGCCGUGCGCAUACAACAGAUUGGAAUUUCCAAUCUUAGCCGACGUGUCGCAUGCCCUGGAAUGCCGAACGUUCGAUCAACUGUCGGACACUGCCAGCCCAUGGUGUGUGGGUAAAGCAGGUAUUUGCAUACCCACUGGCCCAGUGCCAUGACUGGGCCAAAAAGCCACCACACUGAGGAGUGACUUUGCUGUGGUCUAGCCUAUAAGAUAAGAUAGGGGAAAGGUAUAUCAAAUGCCAUACGCUGAUUGGUCGAGUGGCUCUCCAGAGUCAUCUAUCUAUUGUUGGCGUUCUUUUGAGGGUGUAUAUAAAGGCUGCGAUGGGAGUGAAUUUGAUGGGUCAUUUUAAAACGUGUUGGAAGUAAUUGUGUGAGACAACACUACUGGUCAUGAAGUUUGUUUUGAAGUGUUUGGCGAUCCUUUUGGCAGCUAUCCUGUGCUCGAUAGCCGAAGGAAACAAGAUCCGAUGCUAUUCGUGUGAUGAUUGCAACAAACAAGAGCCGGAGAUCGUCCAGUGCAGUGCGAAGAAUGGGAUGGAUCUGAACGCGCUGAGCUACAACCCAACCUACCCGAUACUGACACCGUCCACGCCGUACUGGAACGCAAACCCCUGGGAUCCGCUGCUAACGCCACCACCGCUCGUAGGAAACAACAAUGGAGGCGCUUGGUACCCGGGAUAUCCAAUCAUCACUCCGCCACCGUUGAGCGGCGGUGGCGGCAUCAAUCAGCAGUAUCCCUGGGACCCACUGCUAACGCCACCACCGCUGGUUGGGGACAAUAAUGGAGGUGCCUGGUAUCCGGGCUAUCCAAUCCUUACCCCGCCACCGUUGGGCGGCGGCGGUGGCAUUCAGCAGUACCCGUGGGAUCUACUGCUAACACCACCACCGCUCGUAGGAAAUAAUAAUGGAGGCGCCUGGUACCCGGGCAAUACAAUCCUAACGCCACCGACCACCCACUAUCCGUACGGAAAGGCGCACCAACAGACGGGGAACAAGGGGCAGAAGCGCUUCGUUUGCGCGACGAUCCGAAGCAAAGGAAAGGAUCUACAAACGGAUAUCGUACACCGGCGUGGAUGUGCCGAGAUUGAGGGAUACGCUGUCGGUGUGUGCGACCAGGGACAGAUACCGGUGACGGAGGGUGGCAUUACGAGCUGCCGCGUGUGUGGCCAUUCGCUGUGCAACGAGUGAGGCUGGUAGUGAUCGAUUUUAAUAGCGCGCUGUGAUUUGUGUGGGUGAUUCAGGUAGAAGAAUGAAUGGGCUACAAAUACCGAUUAAGUCAUAUGAAUAAAUGCAAUAAUUUAGAAAUUCA